UGAACUGUUUCGGGGCUUACUCUAGUCAUGACAAAAAAGGAGAAUUAACCUUCAUUGGGCUACCAUUUGGGUAAUGGAUACAUCACCAACUGACCAAAUUUCUUGUUGAGAUGUAGACUCUAGAACAUGAACUUCAUCUUCAUCUCUUCUCGUAGAAAAAGCAGGCCUUUUGGGGGUGUUCAUGGCGGCAGUUUCAAUUUUCAGCGUCGACGAGAGUUCCAACUUGGAGGGUCUAUCCGUUGGAUUUUCUUGGACACAUAGCAAAGCUAUUUGCAUGCAUAAAAACAAUAAUAACAGAUGUGAAGAUUAGGCGAAGAGAGGAGAUGAAGGGAGGCGUGGUCCAGCAGAGGAACUCGACGGUUUUUGUGGAUAAUCUUCCGAAUGGAAUUCGCAAGGGUUUCAUCUACAACUUAUUUUCAAGAUUUGGAAGGAUUUGGGAUUGUUUAUCCCAAAUAAGAAAAGCAGAACCACGGGUCAGAGCUUCGGAUUCGGAAGCAGGAUAGCCAUCCAACUCAGAUCCAGAACCGCUUCAAUCAAGUAACCCUAGGAGUGGGAGAAAUCAAUUUUAAGAAUCAAAGGAGACCCAGACCUCCUGUUAACAAAGGUUCAGCAACAGAACACAGGAAAUAGAUAGUUAUAUUUCAGAAGAAACAGCAGAUCCAAAUGGGCUACCCACAUCUGAAGGAAAGAGGCGAAAGGGGUAAGGAGUUGUGGAGGAGGAAAGGGGUACCGGAAUCUAGCAAACAAGGGGGAAAUAGAAGGGAGACAAUCAAAGAAGAUAAAGGUCGCACCAUAAAUAUUCUAGCAGAAGGAAACGGUUGGCUAAAUAGGAGCGCAGUAGGCAAAUUGAGAAGACUAAUCUCGAUUCAAGAUCUGGAAAGAAUUUUGAAGAUGGAAAAACUGGAAAGUGUGCAGUUCAAACCCAUGGGAGGGAGGUAUGCGAUUAUGACGUUUUCAAGUGAUGAUAGGAGGAAUGAAGCUCUGCAAGGAAAAUGGCUUGAGCUUUGGUUCGAAGAGGUUAGUCCAUGGAAUGGAGAGGCAGCAAAGAAAGAGAGAUUUGUAUGGCUUGCAUGCAAUGGAAUGCCUCUAAAUGAUUGGAAUGUUCAGUCUUUCAAAGCAAUUGGGAGUACUUGGGGUUGUUUUAUUGAAGUUGACAACGGUACCUUGAAGGAAGUAUCAUAUGCUAAAGGCAGAGUUCUAAUUGCUACGGAGAAUUCCAACAAGAUUGAAGGGGAGGUUCAGUUAAUGGUAAAUGGAAGAAAAUACUGUGUUCAAGUGGUAGAGGAAGGAACAUUCAGAACUAUAAGCUCAGUAGAACAUGUUGCAAAUCCUGAAGCAGAGGUAGAAGAUGAUGAGGUGGAGAAUACAAGUGAUUACAGGGAUGCCAGCAGUAACAAGGAAGAAAAUUUAGUGGAUGACAUGGAAAUGCAGAGGAAGAUGUAUUCGGAUGACAAGGUAGAGGAAGCUGAAAAGUUUGAGGAAGAUGAAAGGGUUGAGAAGAGUGAAAAUGGCAGCUACCAAUCAGUUCUGGGGAAGGAACCAAAUGUAGAAAACUCACCACUACAAGAAGAGACAGUUGGGGAUAGGGCGCAAGGAAAUAAUGGUUCAGAUGGGAGAUUUAAUGAAGAAAGCAGUAACUCAGUUCAGGGUUUGGAUUCUAUUGUUCCAGAUUCCCAAAGCCCACUGAAUGAAGAAUGUUUCGAAUCUAUCAAAAACAGCUGCCAAAUCCAGAACAUAGAAGCCCAUGGAGGUACAGAGUAUUAACCUCCACGUGGAUUUAAAUCCAAGAGCCGUUAGAAAAAGCAUCAGAAGCCAACCUCUUGAAGCAGCUUUGAGCACUGAAGGGGAUGAAAUUGAUGGCUACAUCAUUGCUUCUUAGGAGCAGGAACAGAUUUCAGUGGACAAGGAGCAGCAAAAUACCAUCAUAGCAACUAAUAAUCUUGGUAUAAAAUUUGGGGAUGAUGGUAUAUUAAGAAUGAAAAAGAUGAAAGAAAAUGAGGCAAAAGUUCUGAAAGCAUCACUGGAAAAUAACUCCUUUGCCCCUCUCGUGAGGGAUCAAUAAUUUUCAUAAGUGAGUAAUAAGUCAGAGGCUUCAAUGAAGAUCAUCUCAUGGAAUAUAGUUCACUUAAAAAAGGUUUGUUUCUAAAAUUAUCAGAGAAAGAAACCCUGAUGUAUUGUCUUUGCAAGAAACAAAAGUAGAAAGUUGUAUAAGGUCCUUUGUUCAUAGAAUAUGGGUUUCUUCGGAAGUUGAUUAUGCUAAGUCUGGGGUGACAUGUCGGGGGAGUAUUAUCAAUUUGGAAUCCAGAAAAUUUAAACCAAGAGAAGUCACAACUCAUAGGAAUAUUGUUAUGUGAUUUGGGUGUCUAGCUAGUAGGGUUGGAGGGUGGCAUUGUUAAUGUAUAUGCACCAAAUGAAGCAGCAAGCAAACUGGAAUUGUGGAAUGUAAUGUAUCAGUUGAAGUCAGUGUCUCAAAUCCCAUGGUGCAUUGGAGGAGAUUUAAUGAGAUUAAGGCUAUGUGUGAGAGAUCAAGCUGUAAUAGAGUGGAUAGAAUCAUGAGGGUUUUCAAAGAAUGCCUUCCAAUGAUGGGAAGGCAAUUCACUUGGACCAAUUUUGAGGAUAAUGCGAUGCACAGCAGGAUUGAUAGAAUCCUAGUUUCUGUAGAAUUUUUGGAAAAUUUUAAUUUGGUGUUAAGGGGAUUACCAAGACCAGUUUCUAAACAUGCUCCCAUGUCUGGGGAGGGCUAAGAAUAUUCUCUGGAGGGGCUGAAUGAUGAACUGUCUGUACUCGGUUUCUUGCUGAAAAUCCGCUUGAUGGGAUUCAACUAGAUCUAAUUUUGGGAUAAUGUUGUUGCAGUGGUUACUUUUGAUCCUAAGCUGAGGGAUGAACUGCAAUUUGCUGUGAUGGAUAUGGUUUGUCGUGUACUUGCUGCGUUGAAUAUCUCCUUUUCAAUGGAGGAAGUUUUGGCUGCCAAUGAUUUGGAUAUGCUAUUGCUGAAAUUUUGCUGAUUUGGAGGCCUUCCCUAAUUUGGAGGUUACGUUGAUGUCGUUGAUGUUCCCAAUGGUUUGAGUUAGAGAUGUUAUGAAGCUGGAAUUCUCAAAUGAUUGAAGUUACCCCUGGGUUUAGAGAAUUGGUGAUGGUACGUAGUGUCUAUUCAAAUGGAUUGAAAGUGAUGCUAUUUGGGCCAUUGUGUCCCUAGGCUCAUUCAAUAUCCAUUGAAUGUAUUUUUCCUCUUCUUUUCUUUCUUUUGUAGGCCUCUUAUGGUACCUCACUCUCUGUGGUCCGUAAUUGGUCUCUACUCGAUGUACCCUUUGUCGAGUUCUAAUAAAAUCAUGCAGCCU